AAGAUAAUGUAUUGGUUAGCUCAGUAAUAUUUUUGUGUUGAGGUUUGCUGGUUCAACGCUUUCUACUCAAUCUUGUCUAUAUACAAAGUUGUCAGUCAUGGUAUUUUGCAUUGUUGAGUAUAGUAUAGCGACUAUAGCCGGUAAUAUGUUUUUCCUUUACAUUUAUUCAAAACACACCAAUCAACUAAUAAUAAAAACAGUAAGUUGGCUAUAUUUAAUUAAAAACAGUAAGUUGACUAUAUGUACUUGGUUAUUGUGGCGGUGCUAGGGUGUUGAGAGAACGUCAUGCGCGGUAAAAACACAAGGCGCAUUGCGAAGUUAUGGUCUAUUGAUUUGCGAAGUUACGGAUGGUUUAUUGAUAUACUCAUACAUAAGAACUCAGGCCUAUCUUUAUUACUUAGGAAUUUAGAAUCACUCUAACAAACAUUGUGGUGACCAACGUAUUAGAAUCGAGCUGUGUAAAUAGGAGGUAUGCAGAAUUGCUGUUAAACCGAGGUUUGAUUUCUUACAGAUAAUUUAGGUUGUUUUACACAUAGAGUUUAGCAGAACAAUAUUUUUCGUUUUAAAUACAGAAAACAUAAAUCAAUGAAGAAUGUUUGGUUUGUUUGUUAUUGUUGCAACUUUCGCAACGACUGUGAAAGUUCAGGUAAAGGGUUGCGAUCCUGGUCAAGCCAGUAUAAGAGCAAAGGGUUACGCAUGUGCGGUUUGCCCGAAAGAUUACAAAUAUUCAAACGAGGAUUACGAAUGUAUUCCUUGCAAGGAAAGUUUUCAAACACCUGGAGAAGGAAUUUUUCGCAUAUGCACACCAAGCAACGAAGGGAAACCCACUGUCAAAACUACGACAACAGAAAUACCUCCCACCACCACACCAACACCAACAACACAAAUAUCAACUACUUUGUACUCGAGUGCUGUUAGCACGACCAGCACGGCAACUCAACCUACUUACAUCUCCAAUACAGCAACAUAUACAAGUGCAAUGUAUCCUACAUUUACCCAUACCGUUACCACGAUUGCUGAUUGCGCAACCAAACCCGGACAGCAUACUAGGUUAUCCCCCGUCGUCAUCGCGAUUAUAGUUUAAUGUCCUCUUGCAGCAAUCGCCAUUGUAAUGGGCAUAGGCCUUUAUUAUUGCUAUAAACAUGACAAAUUCGGAAGGUGUUGCAAGGAAAAUGGAUCACCCACAAGCGGAUAUGUUGUUGCCAGAACAACUGAAGAUAGUCAAAAUAGAAUUGAUCCAGAUGUGGAAACCGAAGAAACAUCGAUGGUGUAACGUGCGCAUGCAUGUAUAGGUGUGAUACAGUAAUAG